ACCCUUCCUCCGCCUCCCAAAAGCCGCCCCCUUCCCAAAGAAAAACCACCACAACUCGCGCCGCCGCCUCCUUCUCCGAUCUCCUCCGUCUCCCCCUCCGAUCCCCACAGGAGCCGUCGCGGCCGAGGACAGAUCCAUGGCGGCGCUGGGGUCGAAGCUGGCGCAGCUGCAGGGCAAGGCCUGCGAGGCGACGAGGUUCGUGGCCAAGCACGGGUGCGCCUACUCCAAGAACCUCCUCGAGAAGAACAAGCAGUACGUCGUCGAGCCGCCCACCGUCGAGAAGUGCCAGGAGCUCUCCAAGCAGCUCUUCUACACCCGCCUCGCCAGCCUUCCUGGCCGCUACGAAUCAUUCUGGAAGGAGACCAGCCAAGUGAAGCAGCUGUGGAAGAACAGGAAUGACCUGAACGUGGAGCACGCCGGCAUCGCCGCGCUGUUUGGCCUCGAGUUGUACGGGUGUUCGUCGAAAACCUCCGCAGAAAGUAAUGCUAGUACCAGUGGCAACGACGAUACUGAACUGGAAAAGAGUAACAUCCUUCUGAUUGGGCCAACUGGAUCAGGUAAAACACUGCUGGCGAAAACAUUAGCUCGCUUCGCGAAUGUGCCGUUCAUGAUUGCUGAUGCAACUGCGAUUACGCAGGCUGGGUAUUCAGGUGAAGACGUGGAAUCAAUGGUCUACAAACUUCUAGUGGCUGCGGAUUUUAAUGUCGAAGCUGCAGAGCGUGGCAUCAUCUAUAUUGAUGAAGUUGAUAAGCUUGCAAAACAGGUUGGUUGUCAGGAGGAAUGGAGGGAUGUCUCUGGAGAGGGUGUCCAGCAAGCACUGUUAAAGAUCUUUGAAGGAACAGUGAUCAAUGUGCCAAGAAAAAGAAGUCGAGAUAGCACGUCCGAUGGUUAUGUUGAGGUUGAUACGAAAAAUAUACUCUUCAUUUGUGGAGGUGCCUUCUCUGACUUGGGCAAGAUUAUCUCAGAAAGGCAUCGUCGCUCCCCUUUUGGCUUUGGAACACCAAUAUGCCGUGAAUUGCGGGAUCAUGCUUUGACGAAUGCUCUUGUGGAAUCAAGCUUGCUUCACGAUGUCGAGAACGAUGAUCUGAUUGCCUAUGGCUUGACACCAGAAUUUAUUGGGAGGUUACCAAUAACAGUUGGCUUAACUCAUCUCACUGAAGACCAAUUGGUUCAGGUUCUCAGAGAACCCAAGAAUGCAAUAGGAAAGCAAUACAAGAAGUUGUUCAAAAUGAAUAAUGUCAAGUUACAUAUUACUGAAAAUGCUUUGAGACUAAUAGCAAAGAAAGCUGCUGCGAGAGAAACCGGAGCGAGAGGUCUACGAUCCAUAAUGGAGGGCAUUUUGACAGAAGCAAUGUUUGAGAUUCCUGAUGCAGGAGAGGGGAAAGAGAAGAUAAUUGCUGUUCUUGUUGACGAAGAAUCCGUAGGGCCAGUGUCACGGCGAGGAUGUGGGGCCAAAAUUUUCCGAGAUGAUGGAGCUCUGGAAUUGUAUAUUUACCAAAAUAAUAUCAGAGUGCCUGGGCUAAUUCAUGGGCCAAAACGCAAUGUCAUUUUCAGUUUCUGCCUUAUAGUAGUUCUUUCCGCUGCUAAGCUAUGGGUUUAUCAUACGUUUCAUUGUUUCUCCUCGGUAUAUGCAUGGAUUGUAUUGAUACUAUGUAAGGCAAACAUUUUUACGCAAUGAAGUACAGUACUAUUUCAGAUGUUU